UCCUUCUCUACACACACUCUUACUCUCAAACACACACACACAUACACCAGUCCCACCUCCCUUUCCCCAAACUACAGUGAAGCCCAUUCAACCGAUUCUCCGCAGUGCUGAAAGAGCAGAGUGAAGUAAAGAAGGAGAAGGAGGAGGAGUAGGGAGCGAACAGAGGAGGAGAAGCGGGGAGUCGCAGCAGAAUCGGAGCCGAGGCGGAGGCACAGAUCGGGGGGGAACUGCUCCUUCAGUGGAGGCUUCAGUCCCAGCAGCUCUCCGCUCUGCAGGGUCCACAUGAGUUCCUUCAGUACCAGGGCGCUGACGCUGCUGUCAUCGGUGUUCGGCGCCUGCGGCCUCCUGCUGGUGGGCGUUGCCGUGUCCACAGAUUAUUGGCUGCUGAUGGAGGAGGGCGUGGUCCUGCAGCAGAACCAGACCACUGAGGUGAAGAUGGCGCUGCACUCGGGCCUGUGGAGGGUGUGCUUUGUGGCAGGACCAGAGAAGGGCAGAUGUGUGGCAUCCGAGUAUUUCACUGAGCCGGAGAUAGAGAUCACCACAGAGAACACAGCCAACAUCCUCAAGAUGGUGCGGACAGCCACGCCCUUCCCCAUGGUGUCCCUGCUGUUCGUCUUCACUGCCUUUGUCAUCAGUAACAUUGGACACAUCCGUCCUCAGAGGACCAUCCUGGCCUUCGUCUCUGGGAUCUUCUUCAUCCUGUCAGGUCUCAGUCUGGUGGUGGGUCUGGUCCUCUACAUCUCCAGCAUCAAUGACGAGGUGAUGAAUCGCCCUCGGGAGCCUGAACAGUUCUUCCACUACCACUAUGGAUGGUCCUUUGCCUUCGCCGCCUCCUCCUUCCUCCUCAAAGAGGGUGCAGGUGUGAUGUCCGUCUACCUCUUCAUGAAGCGUUACGCUGAGGAGGAGCUGUACCGGCCCCACCCCGCCCUCUACCGCCCCCGCAUGUCCGACUGCAGCGACUACAGCGGACAGUUCCUGCACCCGGACUCCUGGCCUCCUCCGCAGAGGGGGCGCAGCGCCUCCGACGUCUCCUCCGACAUCUCCAUCCAGCUCAACCAGACUCCGCCCCCUCAGCCGCCGCCUAAAGGUGGCAGUUCCCAGGCCACACCCUCCUCGUCUGGCCCGUCGUCGGCCGCCAGCUACCAGCUUCAGCCGGCCUCCUCGUCCUCCUCCUCCUCGUACCCGCACCCCCUGCACCCUGCCGCCACCUCCACCCUCCCCAGGGUGUCCCACGCUCAUGCCCAUUCACAGCCCCACCCUCACCCGAGCGGGCCCCCGCCGCAGUCCCUGCCGAUGGCUCCGCCCUCCGCCGUGCCCCCUCCUCACUACCACACACACAUGAGGAUGAGCGCCUCGCCAUGUUAGACCACAUAUACCGUAGGGGGGUGGGGGGGGUGGGUUAAACAUAUUGGGGGGGUGGGGGGUGGGUGCCUUUACAGCUAUUUCAUCACAACACAAACACACAUCUGUCCUGAGGGGGAGGGGGCACAAAGGAUGAUGAAGGAAGAUGAGGAGGGAAGGGGGCGGAGGGAUGAGUCAGCGCCACACCGACCCUCCGACGAAAACUGACACUCACAAAAACUGGAACAGAACAAGUUCAUGUGUCAUCAGGACGUGAUACAGAGGCGACAGUGAAGUGGCGCUGCACGGAACAUACAUGAAGAAACAUAGUUAGGUAGGUAGGUAGGUAGUUAACCCCCAUCCAACCAGGAAUUAACCCCCAUCCAACCAGGAAUUAACCCCCAUCCAACCAGAAAUUAUCCCCCAUCUAGCCAGGAAUUAACCCCCAUCCAACCAGGAAUUAACCCCCAUCCAACCAGAAAUUAUCCCCCAUCUAGCCAGGAAUGAACCCCCAUCCAACCAGGAAUUAACCCCCAACAAGCCAGGAAUUAACCCCUGUCCAACCAGGAAUGAACCCCCCCCCCCC